GCGGAAACAUCGAAACCCACACGCCAUUCAUCCUGUCAAUGGCAGAGACCUCGCGAUUGAGGGCUAUUUAUGGCGCCGACGGGCAGAGAUAAAGUGCCUGUCCCGGACACACGAUGCAGCUGGUCGUCCCAAUCCGUGUGUUGAACUCAGAUUACCACUACACUGAGCGGCGUGGCCCUUUCGAAAGCGAGCAACACCUGUGCUAUUUCUGGGCGGCCAUGUUAUGAAGCGCUUAGAAGAUAUUAGCCAAAGAAUUAACCAAGCAUGUGAGCAUUGACCCAACCAGGGCGAAUAUAAUAUUAUUCUAUAGCCCUCGGGCGUGACGAUCUGCAUAUUUUCUUCAGGAGCUGGUCUCUUUGCACGUUUUUGUCGAUUUACCAUGUUCUUCAUAUGCUCGUUGGUUUUCUAUGUUUCGACCGUUGUACAUGCAGCAUUGACGACCACAGAGAACCACUGGGUCUACCCGACCGAUGUGUAUAUUUUCCGGCUGGGUGACAAGAUCACGCCGUCGUUCGUGACUAACCUCACGGGUCCCUAUGAUGUUACGUUGUGGCAAUCAUGGCCGACGAUGAACGGUGCCGACAACCUUCAAGUCGUGAAAUCGUAUCCUGCGGGAAGUCAAGGUCAACAACAAUCCGAUUGGACUGUACAGAUCUAUGGAGCAGAUAUGAAUUUCUGUAAUUUAUUUCUGCUCUGGGUCAAUCAGAAAGGAGAAGCAAGUGGAUUAGACAGCUUCACGUCGUGGCCGUUCAACAUCACGGCGAAGGCAGCGUCGGCGGGUUCCAGCUCACAGCAAGCAAUCAGCCAAAUGACCACGGCCAACAAUAAUUGGCCAACUAUCACAUUCUCAAGUUUACCACCUGGAGCCGUUCCGACGUCGAUCGUGAUGGAUACUCGUAUUUCUACUCAUUCGGUCACCUCUGUCGCAUCGGGCGCGGUAAACAUCGGCUCUCCUCAAGCUAACAUGAGUACGAAUGCGUCAGCUGCAACAACAUCGACAUUAUCAGCAAGCAUGCAGACAUCCUCCGCAGAUGCAACUGCAGCCAGCGACGUAGCCAUCAAAGUUGGCAUGGGUGUCGGGCUUGGUGUCGGAAUACCCUUGGUUCUGUUGCUGGCCGCGAUCGUGUUCCGACUUUACAGUCGAGGAAAGGCGGCGUCGCCAUCGAUUACGGAUUCAUUGCAGGAUAAGCUGGUCCCUCCGGUUGAACCUAUGGGUCGUCCUGCUGUGUACGAGAAACAUGCCGACGUCGCUGCGACGGAGUUGCCGGUACAUCACCAUCAAAUGCCAUAUCAACAUUAUCACGAAGCGCCGGCUGGCUGGCGGCCGGCGGAGAUGGAGUCAUGAUCGAUGAUAUGAUGAAUUGGCAUCGAGCGAUAUAUGAUGGGAUUUUAUCGUUGAAGUAUUCGGCUGCUAAAACCUUCGUGUAAUCAUGCAUAAAUACGCAUUGCCGUGCUAAGCCGAAAGAGGGCCUCGCAAGGUCGUAGUAGUUUAAUUUCCGGGAAGAUUGAACAAAUAUGUCCGUCACGCUACUUUUAGAUUGGCUGUGACUGUGAGUUAUCGACCGACGCGAU